GAGGGACAAAAAUGCCCUUAAACAUGUCCGCUUUGACAAUUCUGCUGCGAACAUAGUUAGCCGCAUACUGCCAAGCCGAUAACAACCAUGGAGCACCGGAUUUAUACUAAGGAAUCGUUCUCGUCGAUUGGAGGUCAUAAUCACCGUCGGUCCGCUGCUGAUUACUGCCGGAAUGAUCCCCUGUGCGAGUCAUCACCGGGGUGGUCGCCGAUGGGCGAUGGCAUGGUCCGGACUCCGGAUCCGGAUAGGCUCCUCCUCCUUUCUUCCCUCUUCGAAGCUGUUAGUGAGAUUCUUCUAUGUCCCAAAUAUCAGCAGAGGCGCAGAUCUGAUAUUCGUCAUUUUGGGUUGUUCUUCUCCCCCCCUCCUAUCCCCUCCCUCCCCUGCCAAUCUUCCGUAGCUUUUUCUUGUUGUUUUACUUUUCAUUUUCGUUUUGUUUUAUUUUAUUUGCAGGUUCAUUUAAUGAAUUAAUGGUAUUAAAUUUUUGGCUUCAUUAUUGAUUUUGGAAAAUAUAUUUAUAAUUGAGAAUAAAUUAAU